AUGGUAACAAAAGAAGCAGCUAUGUCUUUCUCGCAAUUUGGAUACCCUUACAAUGCAACUUCACAGUUUUUCGUGUCGGCAAACCCCAGUACGACUUGCUGCGAUUCGAUUUCCAGGUCGGUCUCUGAUGGGACAGGCGGCUCCCAGACCGCCGCUGCCUCCUUCUGCUGCCCGUCCUACGAGAAUCGGCUCCUGGCGAGCAGCCGGACGGAGCUGAACGCAGCGCUGGGGAUGUACAGCUCUCCCUACGCCGCAGCGGCUGCCGCCAGCCAGAACUACGCCAACUACUUCCCCUACAGCACCGAUCCAUCCGCUAUCUACUCCACUCUGAAUCCACAGUAUGACAUUAAGGACAGCACAGGCACUUUACACGCUGGCAUCACUCAAACCGCUGCAUACUAUCCUUACGACCAUUCGCUGGGACAGUAUCAAUAUGACAGAUACGGCACUGUAGACUUUAAUGGCACAGCCAGAAGAAAGAACGCAACUCGUGAAACCACCAGCACCCUGAAAACAUGGUUGUAUGAGCACCGCAAGAACCCCUACCCCACCAAGGGCGAGAAGAUCAUGCUGGCUAUCAUCACCAAGAUGACCCUCACCCAGGUGUCCACCUGGUUUGCCAACGCCAGGAGGAGGCUAAAGAAGGAGAACAAGAUGACCUGGUCACCAAAGAACAAGGCCACUGACGACAGGAAGGAUGACUUUAACAAGAGCGACCAAGACUGUGUCACCAAAGAUUCUAUUGAUUGCAAGGAGGAGAAGGAUCUGCACCUGAGUGAUCUGGAGGACAUGGACGACGACGACGACUGCGACAAGUUGGACAGUGACUGUGAAAAGGUGGCUGCGGAUGAGCAGGACCUCCAGAGGGUCAUGGCGGUAUCCGGAGCCCCUCAAAAGAGAGACUGCGCCUCCGAGCUGCACAUGAGUUUAACCAACAGCUUCCACGCGUUCCCCUGCAGCAUCAAAAGUGUCAGCACCCUCCCUCCUCUCCCGUCCGACUUCCUGGACCCUGCGGCGUCCAAGGCACCGUCUUCGACCGGCCCCGCAGGAACUAUGUCCCUGUCUCACUUUGAAGCAUCAGAUAAGCCUCGGAUUUGGUCUCUGGCUCGCACGGCAGCUUCGGGGGUCAUACUGAGCCCUCAGCAGCAUGGCUCGGAGCUGAGGACAGGUAACUCAACCGGGGACUGCCAGCUCCAGAGCACCAGGCUUACUGGACAGUGUGGGGGCAUGAGAGGCCUCCAUGAAUCUAGCAGUGUCACCAAUGCUGAGAGUCCAUUCCCCGAGGGCUUAUCCUUGCACUCAAAAGUCUAUGGCACAGGCAGCUACAGUCACAAAGACCUCCAACUGCACUGUUCCUCCUAUGCUAACCUCCCGGACUCAUGUCAGUACUCCUCUAUUGAAGGAUUCUCUGGUGGCAAAGCAGAGACACAGUCAUCUGACCUCAGUGAAGCCUGCAGGACCGUGCAGGAUGACAAGGUCACUGCGUUCAGACCAGUGAUGAAGAGGUGA